AUGUCCUUUCUGGCUCGACUAGCAGGCCUACUUGGUCUGGCUUCGCCGGCUCCUGUUAUUCCCCCGGGUGCAGCCCUCGCAGCUACGAUUACAGUGCCGGCUUCUCUUGGAUUUGUGCCCGUCGCGGUCCAUUUCGAUCUCUUUGGCGAAUUGGUUCGUUUAGGCCGACAUGCGACCGCGGAGGAGGUGGCAAAUGCCUGCAAUGCGCGCAUCAGGGCGCGUUCCACUGGAGAUCCUGAAAUUGCUGUCAGACUUGCCUCCGACACGCUGUACAUUAUGUCCGGACUAGGCCUAGUCGAGCGCGUGGUUGAGGAUUUAUUUGCUGCUAAUGCAAUCACUCGACACAUGGUUGACAUGCCUUCUGCGCAGCACGGCGCCGUGCAUUUUACAACCGAAGGGAUGAUGGCCGGCGCGUUCAUGAUGAAGAAGCUUCAAGCUACUAACUUCGCCUAUCCAUUUACCGAAGCAGACGGGCCAAUUCAAUAUGCUUACAAACUCAUGGGAGAGGAGAAGCUCUCUCACGAACACACUUAUUCGAUUAUGGAGCAACAAGGUCGCAUGGAAAGCUUUAAUCAGUUCAUGGUGGGCAAGUUCAUCAAGUUUGGCACAUUUCCGGACCGCGUUGCUUCACUAGGAUACAAUCUCGGCAAAACCCUUGGCGAACCAGGACCUCUGCAUCAGAAUCCUGUUAUGGUCGAUAUUGGGGGCGGACGGGGUGAACUACUCUUAGAAGUUCAGGCGGCUUAUCCACAUCUGCAAGAGGCCAAUCUAGUUGUGCAGGAGUUCAACACCGAGAUCGACGCCGGCGAUGUCCCCGGUGUGCGGCUGAUGGAGUGGAAUUACAAGGAAAGUCCCGAGCAGCCGAUUCGGGGUGCACGGAUUUAUUCACUACAGCAUAUCCUGCACAAUCUGCCUGAUUUGGACGCGGUGGCGCUUUUGCAGAAGCUCUCGCGAGCGAUGACGGCCGAGUCGCGGUUGCUUAUUAUUGAAUAUGCGAAAAAUAUGACUUAUACCUCGCUCCAUGCGAGUAUGAUUGCUUUGUAUGGUGGCCGCGAACGCAGCCCGGCCGAGUGGAGGCAGUUGGCGAGCGUUUCGGGGUUGGAGGUUGGGUUUGAGGGAUAUGUGCGAGCGGGUGAAUCAUUGGUGGAGAUGAGGUUGAAAACCGAGUAA